AUGAGGUGUCUGGUUUUCGCUUUGCUCCUCGGAGCAGUGUUUGCUACAGAGGAUGACAAAAUUGUUGGAGGGUAUGAGUGCACGCCUCAUUCUCAGCCCCAUCAGGUGUCUCUGAACUCUGGUUACCACUUCUGUGGUGGCUCCCUGGUCAACGAGAACUGGGUGGUGUCUGCUGCUCACUGCUACAAAUCCAAAAUGGACAUUGUUCUGGGUGACCACAACCGUUGGUUCAUGGAUGGCAAUGAACAGAUCAUUCCUGCUUCCCGCGUUAUCCCACAUCCCAACUACGAGUCCUGGCUUGUUAACAAUGACAUCAUGCUUAUCAAGUUGAGCCAGCCUGCCACCAUCAACCAGUAUGUGCAGCCUGUUGCUCUGCCCACUAGCUGUGCUCCUGCUGGCACCAUGUGCAAAGUCUCUGGCUGGGGCGUGACCAUGAACUCCUCUGCUGAUAGCAACAAGCUGCAGUGUCUGGACAUCCCCAUCCUGUCUGAUGAGGACUGUGACAACUCCUACCCUGGCAUGAUCACUGAGGCCAUGUUCUGUGCUGGAUACUUGGAGGGAGGCAAGGACUCUUGCCAGGGUGACUCUGGUGGUCCUGUUGUGUGUAACAGUGAGCUACAGGGUGUGGUGUCCUGGGGCUUUGGGUGUGCAGAGAAGAACCACCCUGGUGUCUAUGCCAAGACCUGCAUUUUCACAGACUGGCUGCAGAGCACCAUGGCUGCUUACUAA